AUGACAACGAACUCUUCUUCACGUAUUCCCAUCAAUAGUAAAAAUACAAAGAACGAACACAAACUCAAUCUCUUUAAAUUAAAAUCUGAUGAUGAUGAUGAUGAUUGGACUCGAGCAAUUCAUCAUGAUCUCAACAUAAAACGACGAACAUGUACUACAUUUAUUCCAAAAUCUUCAGCAACUAGUGAUGCUGGUAGUAGUAAAGAUGAUAUUCAGUGUGGUUGUAAUCGUCUUCGUCGUGAACAUUCUUGGGAUAUUAUCGAUGGAAAUGAUCGUGAAUGGGAUCGAAAGAAGCAUACAGAAUCGGCCUGUAAUAAUGCAUAUGGAUGUAUACCGAAUACUCAUAUACAUUAUAUUCGUUGUGAUAUUGAAACACACCCACUUGCUCUUACUAGGUUAAUGUUUGACGUAUGGAAAGUGAAGGAACCAAAAUUAAUAAUGUGUAUUACUGGAGGAGGGAAAUAUUUCAAAUUAAGUGAACGACUUGAAAGAGAAUUUAUGAAAGGUAUUAUUCAAGCUGCAUUGAGAGCAGAUGGUUGGAUUGUAACAACGGGAUUUAAAACGGGUGUUGUACAACUUGUUGGUGAAGCUAUUCAUGAUCAUAAGGUAACUAGUCCACAAGAUUGUAUUAUUGCUAUUGGUUGUUCGAAAUGGGGUGCAGUUAAAAAUCGAGCAUCAUUCAUAUCAUCAAAAGUAUCAACUAAUAACUCUAAUCAAGGUGCAACGACGCGUUCAUCAAAAAUUACAAAAGGUCAACAAUAUCUUGAACCGAAUCAUUCACAUUUUUUUUUGCUUGAUGAUGGAACUUAUUAUGGAUAUGAUAUUGGAGACUAUAGAACAAGAUUUGUUCUUGAAACUGCAAAUUAUAAGAAAGGAGUUCCCAAAGUAACAAUAGUCGUGGAAGGUGGUCCAGAUACAUUAUUAACAAUUUACAGAGAUCUUUCUAAUAGUAUACCAGUAGUAUUAGUUGAUGGUAGUGGUCGAGUACCCAAUCUUCUUGCUAAUUUUCUUAUUCGUACAGAUUCAAUGAUUCAUCGAAAUGGAAAAGAUAACGAUGGUGUUAAUUGGAAACACGUAAUCGAUAUCAAAGUACCAGAUGAUAUUGAAAUAUUAAAAACAAAAUUUCGUCCUUAUACAAAUGAAAUACGUGAUGGUUUAAGAGAUAUAUCUAAAGGAUCAAAAACAUCAGACAAAGAAAUGGAUGAAUUAUUGAAAUGUUUUCUUUAUUGUUUACAACCAGCUGUUCGAUCGAAAAUUCGAAUAUUUAGUCUUGAUAGUGACGAAUCUUUAGAUGAUACUAUUUUCGAAGCUAUUUUAGAAACAAAACAACAGGAAAGUUCUGAAAAAAAUAAAGCAGUUAAUCGAGAACAAUUAUUACAAUUGGCACUUGCUUGGAAUGCUAUUCAUGUAGCAAAAGAACAUAUCAUUAAAGAUGAUUUAAGUGAUAUUCGUCCAGAAAUUAAAGAAAAAUUAUUUUUUGAUGCACUUUUAUCUGAUCGUCCACAAUUUGUUAAUACAUUUAUCAAAUUAAAUUUUGAUAUAACUCAAAUGUUUUAUGAAAGACAAACUAAUCAACCAUGGAAAUUAAAACCGGAACAAUUAAUUAGAUUAUACGAAGAUGACACGAUGAGUAAUCAACGUCUGUAUUUACUUAAAAAAUGUUUUCACCACAAAAAAUUUUCUUCCGCACAAGAUCUUGAUCUAAUAUUAAAAAAAUUAGUCGGUGAUUAUUUUAAAUCAAUAUAUACUCGUUCAGCUGCUAACUUCUGGGAACAAUUACAAAUAUGUUGUCGAUGUUUAGUGGGAGCUCGUGUUGCAGAUAGUCGUACGGUUAUCUAUAGAGAUUAUAAUAGUGAUGAUUCUGAAGUACCUGAUCCAGAAGAAGCUCAAAAAGAAGUUCGAGAACUUGUUUUGCGUGAUUUAUUUUUGUGGUGUAUAUUAACAAAUCGUAUUGACAUGUCCAAGGUGAUAUUAAGUCAUAUGCAAACACGUAUAUGUGCUGCAUUAAUAGCAUCAAAAAUACUCAAAUCAUAUGAAGGCUAUGCUUAUGAUAAUGAAUCAAAGGAGUUUUUUCAUUCCCACGCUGAGCAAUUUGAAAUAUAUGCAAAUGAAUUUUUAAAACAUUGUUAUUCUUAUGAUGAAGAAAAAGCAUGUGAAAUUGCUAUUCGACGUAUUAAUAUAUUCGGUGGUGUUUCAUGUCUUCAAGUAGCUGUUGAUGCUGAUGAUAAGUGUUUUGUUGGUCAACCAUGUUGUGAUCAACUUUUGAAUAAUAUUUGGUAUGAUAAAAUAGAACCGGCUCAGUUCACAUUACUUCAACGCAUUGGAUUAUUAUUGGGUAUUUUCACAUUUGGUUUAUUAGCACCAUUUUUUGUUUCAUUCCGUAAAUACAAACGAACUCCUAGUUAUUUUGAAAAUGAUCGAAAAAGAAAUUAUGAAAUGACUGUUAAUGAAACAGAACAAGAAACAAAACCAUUAGUAACAAAAACAAAAGAAAGAUUAAGAGAUUAUGGUAUAAAUUAUUCUUAUAUUUAUGAAUCACGAUCAGGUUAUCGCUUACAACGGUCUUUUAACUAUUUUCGUCAUUUAAAACAAUUUCAUGAAUCACCAUUUAUUAAAUUUUCAUAUAAUGCUGUUAGUUAUAUAUUUUUUCUGUUACUCUUUUCUUAUUAUUUAUUAUUCAAUUUUAAAAGUCCAACAAAUGAAAGUCCAAGUAUACAUUGGACAGAAAUUUUAGUUAUUAUUAUUAUAACAACAAUGCUUUUUGAAGAUAUCCGACAAUUUCUUUGGCAAGAUAGUCGAUCAAUAAAAGGAAAAUUUUAUAAUUAUUUUAUAAAAGAUUUAUUUGUUAGUUUAAUUCGUAUUACAUCAUAUGUACUUUUUUAUAUUGGUCUUAUUCUUCGUUUUACAUAUGCAUCUACUGAUGAAAACUUAUCAGUUGCUAAAAUAAUUCUUGCUUAUGAUCUCGAAAUUUGGUAUAUUCGAUCAUUAGCUUUUCUUGGUGUUGCACGAAAUAUGGGACCAAAACUUGUUAUGAUAAGAAAAAUGAUCGUCGAUUUACUUUUCUUUAUAUAUAUUAUUUUAAUUGCAAUGAUUGCCUAUGGUGUUGCUUCUCGAACCAUGUAUAAAUAUAAUGACGAUACAGAUGAUGAUGAUUUAACAUUUGAUGGUCGUUCAGUUUUUCGACAUAUUCUUUAUCCGAGUUAUUAUCUUAUGUAUGGAUCAACAGAUAAAGAAUUAACAGCACUUGAUCAAAAUCGAGAUCUUGGUACAUCUAUUGCUACUCAAGUUUUAUUAGCUUUUCAUAUGUUAUUUGUUAACAUUCUUCUUAUUAAUCUUCUUAUUGCUAUGUUUAGUUUUACAUUUGAAUCAGUUCAAAGUCAAACUGAUCUUGUUUGGCGUUAUGAACGAUAUUCAUUUAUUCGUGAAUAUUUUGAUCGACCACCACUUUUUCCUCCAUUUAUUAUUAUAACUCAUUUUAUUGAACUUAUUCAAUUCCUUAUACGAAAUUUACGAAAAAACAAAAAUUCAAAUAUGAAAAAAAGACAAACAAAAAGAUUUAAAAUGAUUGGUGCUAAUCAUGAAAUAGAUAAAGAUUGGUCAGAAUUUGAAAGUUAUGCAACAAAUCUUUGCGCUCGAACAAUACUUUUUGGUCAACGAUCAGCAGCAACUACUCUUGUACCAUCAGCAGCACGUCAAGAAGUUCCAUCAACAACAUUAGAUACAAUUAAUACUUCACAAUUAUCAUCAAAUAUAGAUUUUAAAGCAAUUACUGAUGAAAUAGUAUCGGUUAAACGAGCUGUUGGAGAUCUUCGUACAUAUGCUGAAGAAAUGAAUAGAUGUAUGCAAUGGAUGAUGGAUGCUAUGGAACGUGUUAAAAUGUCUAAAGAACCAAAACCAAAACUGAGAUCAGCAGUAACUACUAGUGAUUUAAAACAAACUGAAGAAUAA